AGGGAGAGAAAUAAAAGGCAAAAUUGAUCAUUAUUUUGAUCUUCGUUGCCAUAAACCCGAAUUCGCUCUUGGAGACCCUUUUGACACUUUCGAAUAGGGCGGCGGCUCCUCUCCGGCUCCCCCUCCCCCUCAAAGCCCUCUGGUUUGCAACGAUCUUUUACUGUUUGAUAUCUUCGGCGUAACAGCUUCCUUCUCUGCUGAUUAAUGGCUUCCGCCAAGGUUGACAAUCGAGGUACAUUUGGUUCAAAAAGGUCCCGCAAUGAUGCUACACGGAAUGAUGGUGAUUGGACCUGCCCACAAUGUGGAAACGUGAACUUUGCUUUCAGAACUGUCUGCAAUCGUGGAAAAUGUGGGGCUGCCCGUCCCUCUACUCCGAGAAUGGGAUCGGUUCCUGUCCCAAGUCCCUUCAACAAUCCCCCUCCCUAUUAUCUUGGAGGCGUUGGGGCUCCCCCACCUAUGCCACUUGGAAUGCCUGGCAGCUAUGGGCCUCCGCUCUCACUGGCUGGAAUGCGAUAUGACUAUGGAGCACAUGGGAGUGCAACUGGGCCAUAUGGACUUAUGUCUGCAUAUCCACCUGGACCUUUGGGAGCUGUGGGUUAUGGUCAUGGAGCUGCUAUGGAUGGAUAUGGUUUUGGCUAUCGGGGAUCCCCGUUGCCGAUAGCAGGUUCAUGGUCCGGAGGAGGUAUACCUGAUAACGGCGCCUCUCGGAAACGUCGUGGAGGACCAGAUGGCUUAUCUGAAGGCGAUUGGGUUUGUCCCAAAUGUGACAAUGUUAACUUUGCUUUUAGAACCACAUGCAACAUGAAGAAAUGUGGAGCUCCGCGACCAUCUUCUGGUCCAAAUCAGUCAGAUUCGGGUGUCCCGGAAGGUAGCUGGACAUGUACCAAAUGUGACAACCUCAACUAUCCAUUCCGAACGGUCUGUAACCGCAAGGGUUGUGGGAAUGAGAAACCAGCUUCUGCAAAGUAGUUGAUCAAUCACAUGAUUGGUUGUAGAUUCGCCUCUAUGAGCUUGGUGUAUGCAAUCCACUGGGACAUUUCAACAUUACAUGGGUAAUUUGGAAAUUGGGGACAACUGACUAUAAAAAUGUCUUAGGUUUUGGCAUGAUAGCCUGAGUUUUAGGUUUUUCAUUUUUCUCCUUCUUUUCCUUUCCUAAGCCAAGUGCCAAGGUAUGUGUGCUGCAAACAUUGAAUGCAUUGGAUUUCCUUCAGCAGCGAGAUUGGGUCUGGACCUUCAUUUAUGUUUAUGAAGCAUGUCUAAUCCAAUUUUUUAAGAGUAGUUAAGUGGAACUGUUUCUUUCUUUAUAUAGCAGUCUAGUCGGCAGUUAUAUUUUACAGUGUGUACUUAGCACAAUGUACUCUUCAGUUUGUAAAUUAUUUAUUUAAGGUGCGAAACCAUUGACAUGUACAUUGAGAUUUUAUUCAAGGUAUUUUUCAUUACAACAA